UCUCCACUUCUCCUCAAUCCUCAUCAAAUACCGCUUCAAACUUUCGGUUCUCCUCAAAAGUCUAAACCGCUCGGCCCAUAUUUUGAUGCGUCAAACGCAUGCGGACAGAACAAAUUCCGCCCAAACCUCUUCGGUUCCGCCCAAAUUCUCUAGGGUUCUCUCUCCUGCGCUCUCUUUUGCGAUCUGAAAAAUUGAAUUGGCUGAGAAGAAGGUCGUUGGAGUUACAAGCGGGUCUGAGGAUGAUAUUAUUGUAGAACAAUUCAAGUUUAUCCCUUCAAACCUUAAAUAAAUGUGAGGUACUUCAAAUUGAUAAAUGGAAGCAAUCCACAAGAGAUUAGUAAGAGACAUCACAUCUGUUCAACUCAUAGUUGUCAUGUUGCCAAGGUGAGGCAAACUCUGAGACCGGCAGCUCCAGAGUUCUCUUUCCGGAUAUCAUGUGUUUAGACUUCCCCUUUCAGCGCCUACACACACUCACAAGCCACCCAUCUUGAACACCAAACAUCGUUUGUGGAUAGUUUUCAUGUACUUAGAUUGAAGAAAACUGAGAGCUUCAUGAAUUAUACAAGCAUUGUACUUGUAAGUCUCUUUGUGGCUCUAGGUGGCAAGGUGAAUACAACAGUGUCCUUUAAUAGGCCCAUGAAGGUGGAUGACUAUAGAGGCUUGUAGCCCAUGCACGAACCGUGAUGAGUCAACCAGUUGAUUCUAGGUGUGAUGACCACGGGCGCAUGGCAAGUGUGGGUUUACCUCUCCUUCACCCACCAUGGAUGAUGGAGAACCCGAAGCGAAGAAGCAGAGCCUUAGUUGUGACAGCGCGGCUAUAACAAUGUCUUAUUCAUUGAAAAUGAGCAGGACGAUGAGUACUUUGAGGAUUACAUUAGAUUCAUAUUUCUAACAGUUAUUGUCUCGACUUUUUUCCAACAUUUCACAUUUGGGUUGUGCCUAUACCCAUCAAUUUCAGGGACGAGGAUGAUCAAGAUUCUUUUCUCCCAUAAUCGAGGUUGCUCUGGGAUCAAAAGGUUUGUUCGUGUCCAUGACUCCUUUUCCUUCGUUUAGUUUCAGUUGCAUAUUCAUAUUAACAGUAUUUAGGAGAAACUGGAAUUGGGGAGCAUGGGGAGGGCCAAUUACAACAUUCAUGGCUAUAUGUAUUGGAUAACUAUGGAUGUCAGGAACAAAUGUACUCGAGAAAUCAAAACUUGCAUUUGUAAAGUACACUUUGGAGUUACGGGCGGGACCAAGGAAGAUAUGAUUUUCGAACAUUUCAAGUUUAUCUCUUACCCUUGUUCUUUUUGCCAUGGAUUUCUUGGCUUUGAUUCAUGAAGUGUCAAUUUCUGUCCAGCAUCAUCAUUACUUUAGAAUCUUGAGAUGGGCUCAUUGUUUGUUUCUAGCAUUGGUUUUACAUAUAAUGGGAUCAUUUAUGUUGUGAACCUAGUCCUCCAAUAGUUUUGGUUUACUAUAUAUCUAUGCUUUCAGCAUUUAUAUAUCAACUUCUACGAUACUAGAGGAAGCAUUUUCAUAUUUAAUUGCAUUUGUUGUUUGUUCUCAUGCAUCUCCUUCAGUUUUUGGUUAUACAAACAAUUUAGACUCACCUCCUUUUUAACACUUUAGAUACUUAAAAUAGAUUAUAGAUCCAUGAUUGCAAUAUUGAACCGGACACAUUGUUGGCUGUUAUUUCACCAGUGUAUGAACCUCUUUGAAUCGCAUGAACAAGAUCUUGUGUGUGUCCGGCAUUGCUUUCUGGAAAUUUAGAGAGAAGGAACUGUUGGGGAAAACAGCGUGUACAGAUAAUAUCAAUGAUGAGGUUAUUGUUAUGGGUCAAAUCCUUGAUGUCAGGCAGCAACUUAUGCUUAUAGAACCCAUCUCUCCAGAAGAACUUAAACCUAACCAUAAGAGCCCUGGUCCAGAUGGGUUCACCAGUGGUUUCUAAAAGGAUCAGUGGAGUACAGUAGGGCAGUUUGUUACUAAAGCUGUAUUGGAUUUUUUUUCAGAAGGCUCUGUCAAUUGUAUUCAGCUCUGGCUCAAAACCAUUCUGUUAGGGGUUUACAAAUCAAUCAUGGCAAAUCACAGAUAAUAGUGGAUGGUAUUUCUGAUCAGCAAGAAGAAGGUAGAAUCAUGGAGAUGGCUGGAAUGUGCAAAGGUGAGUUCCCUUUCAUAUAUUUAGGAGGGCCUAUAUCUGCCUCCAGAAUAAGUGAGAGAGAAUGUGAAAAAUUGGUGGAGAAAUUAACUAUAAAAAUCAACCCUUGGGCCUUUGUAGGAACUCUUUUUGGGGAGCUUCUAAUUAGUUCGAAAUAAAUGGUCCAUUCCAAAACACCAAUUUAAUCUUUGGCUGAUUUUCAGAGGUAGAUUACAGACUAAAGCCAGGACGAGUUGAUUCAUGGAUCCUAACACUAUGUUUGGUUCAAAGAAUUUGAAAGGGAAAAGAAAAGAAAAUGAAUUGGAAAACUAUUUUUCUUGUUUGGUUAAAGGGGGAAAAAAAGGAAAAGUGGAAGGAAAAGAAAAUGAGGAGGCAAAAUAUACCAAGUGGAGGGAAAAUCAAAUUCCUUCCAUUUUGGUGAGGAAAAUGAGAGAAAAUCAUUUUCUUUUCUUUUCCUUCUAAAAUCCUUGUGUCAAGCAUAGUGUAAGUGUACCUUGUGUGAAUCUGAUAAUGAGGAUGCAGGCCAUUUUACUGUGCAGCUGCCCUUAUGGGACUGCUGUUUAGGACAAGUUAAGCUCUUGGGCUAGUAUGAAACUCAAGGCUAUUUCAGUAAAAGACAGGGAAGAGUUAGAAUUGUUUAAUUUGUGGUAGGUUUUGGUUGUUUCAUUGGCUUUGGUCUGUGUAUGAUUGUUGGAUGAUUGUUGAUGUGGAAUGACAUUUCUGUGCUUGGUUAAAAAAAAAGAAGAUUUUUACAUGAUGUAUUUCUUUAAUGUGCAUGUGACAUAGAGAUAGGUUCAAGGAGAUUUCUCAAGGGCCUUUGUAGAAUAUCAAAAUGACAUGGUUGGUACCCAGCCUCACUACAAGAUCAAGGG